GAUUCUUUCAGCCGCGGUACUCCUCUGCUCCAGCGCACCAUGCCCAGAGCCUGCCUGUUGCUCGCGUCUCCGGCCAUCUCCAGCCGUCCGGCCGAGCUCUCCCUACUAUUUCCCUGGCGCGUCUUGCUCCAGCUUGGUUUUUCUUCUCCCCUGUACGCGCUCAGCAGCCGGCGUUUCUCCCUACGCGUGCCGCAUCCAUGGCUUGGUCCUAGUUCGGUGCCCAAGCUCCCCUGCAGCCGCGCCCCUACGCUCGUCGCUGAAACUCCCAUGGCGCCCGGAUUUAUGUUCGCCCGGCUCUGCUCCUUCCCCGGCUACAGACGCCAGUUCCCAUGGUGGCUUCCCUUGUGUCGCGCCUUGUUCCCUGCGCACGUGCCGUGCCGAGCUCGCUCCUUCCCAUGGUGGCUGAGCUCUUUGGCUCGGUCCUGCUUGUCCCAAAGCGACGUGAAUUUUCCUGUGCGCGCGUGUCUCCUUACGCACGCGUCGCCGUCGAAUUCCCUGGUGUUUGCGCGUCAUGAGGUUCCUCCAGCGCCCUUGCCCUCUCGCCCGUGGCGUCAGCUACUCGACCAACUCUAUCCCUGGCUGUGCUCGUGCCUGACUCCUGCGUCGCGCGCGAGUUCGACGCUCAUCUCCCUAUUUAUCCAUGGCGCGCGCCUGACUCUCGGUUAUCGGUGCCCUGUCAGGCCGUCCUGGAUUUCGCGAGCUCCUUCCAGUUGCCGUCGCUCGCCGUCGUCUCUUCGUGCUGGUCGACUAGUUUGCCGUGGUCGUGCGUAGUCCCCUGCUCGACCUCGUCGUCGAACUUCGCCUUGCCGGUCGUCGUUCUUCGCUCAGCAAGGUUUCGUUCUAAGCUGCGCCGCCCUUCAAGUUCGCGAUCUUGGCGGACUCGCACCUCUGUGUCGUGUCUGCUCGCCCAUGCUCGUCGACCUCGACGAUCUAUCUUUCAACUGCGCGCUACUUGUGUUUGAGCUCUGAAGCCCCCUAUCGAGCUCUUUCCCUGGAAGUCGCCUUCGAGCACAACCCCUACCAAGUGUUCGCUGGGAGGUCUAAACCAAUACUCAUCAUCGAUCUGCGAUUAUCAAAUCAUUUUGGUCACAGUAAGCUGAUAAUUUAUUCAGAAUAGUUCGAUCAUUGAAUAAAUUAAUGUGUUAGUGCGAGGUUCAUUAGCGUGCUCGAUAAAUUGUGUAAAUCACGAAACUCUCGUCGACUUCGCAAUUCUUGCGAUUACCGAGCCAAAUUCAGUAUGGCGAGUUAUUUCGCUAUUUCCGGUUAAUUAGCUGAAUUAAUGUACCGAGUAGAAUAUUAGUAGGCAUGUGUGAUAAAGAAAUGUU